CUUACCUUUGACAUCUUUUGGCUAACAAAUUUCAAAAUUUUUCUUCUGUUUUAUGUUAUUCCUUUACACAUUUAGAUAAAUAUUGAAAUAAUAACCUACUCUUAAUGUUUUUACCAUUACUUGACACUUACUACUGGUACUUAAAAGUACCAUUCAUCGGAAAGAAGAAGAACAUUUGAAGAAAGUGGUUAACAGGAAUGAGAGUGUUCCUCGUGAUACUUUGCUUUUUAAUCUUAAUAUCAAAUGGAACAACUUUUGGUAGAAGAAAAUCUCCCAAGUGUAGGGUGGAUUGUGAAAAUGCUUCAAGUAGAAUAACACCUGAAAAUAAUGAAAAUGAAACAUCCAUUUAUCGUUAUGACUGCGAUCCAACAAAGUUUGGAGUAGUGCAGAAAAUCCCUUAUCUGCGCUCAUGUUCUACAUGUGACACCAUAGAAAUUGAUUUCUCCGCCGCCUGCAUUAGAUGUAGCAUGUGUCUUGCUAUUGCUGAUAAGAUAAAUCAAACGUUAUUGGAUGUUCACGAAAUAUUAUCUAGCUCAUGCUUGAACGACACCGAAAUCGAGCUCUUGUUGAGAACCAUUUGCGACCACUCCUUCCAAUAUUAUAGUCUUCGAGAAAUUGGUGGAAGAAGGUUCAUCUGCGACUGGCAACCAGGUUCCAUUUUGGUCUCCUCGUCGGCAGAUGGUUUAUGGCCAGACAAAUUGAGGGAUCUGUGUCAUUAUUAUCUCGAUGAAAUCGGAGAACUGCGAUUAUAUGAAAAAUGGCAGCAGUGGUGCAAAGAUGCCGAAACAUAUCCCAAUUUGACGAACGUUUUGUGUCGAAGCAUGGAAGGUAUGUUACACGAUUGCAGAAGCAUGGAGGGCCCAGGUGAAUACGAAACUCCAUUCAAAACUUACGGUGCCAAAGUGAAAUUUAGAGCAAGCUACGAUAAGUAUAACUAAUAUAAUUAACAAGGAAUUUUUAAUAUGGAGAAACAGGAAAUUUAAUAGCACUUUAUUUUACGCUACAUCGAUGGAAACAACAAAUUAAUUGAUACAUAUAUGUUUAUUAAUUCUACUAUUUUAC